AUGGGACUUAACCCUUUGUAUCCACCAGGAACACAAUACAACUUUGCAUACCAACAAGGAGCAGUACUGAAUGGUUCAACCCCAGCCGUUCAACCUCCUCCUGUUCCACCAGCCACGUCCACGACUGUGAGUUCAGGUACGCUGGGCUUGAUUCCACUAGCUGCUCAUGGGCCCAAGCAUCUGCCACAGAUUCAGCAACAGCCACAACAACAACAGCUGCAGCAACAGCAACAGCAACAGCAGCCUCCCCUGCUGAUCCUACAACCACAGUUGGACUCUAGAGUACCGUCACUGUACGUUUAUCAGCAGCAACAACAGCCACAACCACAGCUUCAACAAUCUGUUAUGCAGCAGUCCCAGUUACAGCGUCAGCCCGUUCAACAGUCAUCUGUGCUGCUGCAAGCUGUACCUUCACAGCCAGGACAACUACAACUGGUUCAGUCCCGUUUCAGUCCCCAAGAUACGCAGAUUUUACGUCAACUACUCUUGGUGGGUGAGAAGCACAAAUGGAAACAGAUCACUAGAGAGAUUAACUACAGAGCAUCUAAAAGACGAAGCAGUGAUGCCAAUGCUUCUGAGGAGAGCAACCCUCGCAACGUUUCACCCACGUUUGUAAUUAAGCAGUACCAACUGUUAUUGGGGUUGCCUAACAAUGGCUUAUACUUUGGGACCUUGGGCAGCUCGUUACCUUAUGUAGCUGAUGACGAUGGCUGGGACUCCAUAGCUAACGUGCCUAACAUCUUCACUUAUGAAGAGACCGAUUGA